AUGGGGAAAACAUUCCAGAGGAUUCACGCCUCAUCCGUGGGAAGUUUCGGAAAGGACACUACCAAGAUCCCAAGAUGGAUUACAGCAAAUGGAGGAACCUACUCUGACGAUGUGGUCGACGGAUUGACCCAUCUCAUCGCAUCGAAGGACGCUUACAUGCGAAAUGCUCCAGCUGUGGCCCAAGCGAAGGAGCUAGGAACCGUCAAGAUCGUCUCGUACGAUUGGAUAGCGGAAUCGUUGCUCUCAAGAACUCGAUCUCCUCGCCCUGCAAAGGAAUACCUAUGGGUAAAUAUCUUGAAGGGUGAGAAGAAGAAAGGCUCUGCAAAGAAGGUUCAGGGGAACAAGGGACAGGCCCGACAGAGUAAGAGUGCAACCGCCUCGAAAGGCCAGUCGGAGGGCGACAAGACCGAAGAAAAUGAGGCGGAGGAAUCUCAGAAGAAGAAAGGUGCAUCAGCAAAGGAAAAAAGGGCGAAGCUGGCAGCCAUUAAAAAGAAGAGGAUGAAGACUGCUUCCGGCAAAUCUCAAGAUCCGUUUGAUACUAAACGUCGUACUCCCAAGGCCAUAUCCGUUGCGAGUAGAUAUUCUUUCCCUAUAAUGUGCGGGCUAGAGCUGGAACUGAGUGUGACUCCUGUAGACAGCCACCGUCUCUACGAAGCAGACGAUUUGACGGCCUACAGCGCAACGCUGGUCAGGCCUUCAGGCACUAUCCAAGGGGCUAGACAUACCGUUCAGCUGAAGAUCUACGAGACCAUCAAGCCCCCUCACAAAUACGCAACGCACAUCAGACUAACUCGCGGAUUUCGCGGCGGGCCAGCACAGACCGAUUUUCUUGCUCCUCUGGGCAGCGACCUCGAUACUGCUGUGACAGCGUUCAAGUUCUUUUUCAAGGAACGGACGGGGAAAGAUUGGGAGGACAGGCUGAGUGGGAUUGCACCGGAUCCGCAAAAGGACGAAGAUGGGAAUGUAAAGCCACCGCACGAAGGUUGGUGGUGGUAUGACAAUCCGCCUGUUUCAUCGUUGGCCAGUCUUUUUCGAGAUGGAGAGAUUUAG